CAAUGCGAUAUUGGUUAAGCUGAUACGUUCAUUGGUCUACGUGAAUAGUGAGUACUACUCAUCAUACUUGCAGAGUUUUUCUUACGACGAUCAUCAUACCGUUUUAAGAUACCAAUAUUUCUAUUUUUUAUAUCAAGGAACAUCAUAUAUCAUCUAGUGUUUCAUAGUUAGAUUUGUUUUAUUAUAAGAUUUCGUUUUUAGAAGUUCACUAAUAGAAGCAAGAUGGUUCAAAACACAGAAGUAUCUGAUUCUAGUAAGAACACUAUACCAUUAGGCAAUUUGUCUGAUUAUAUGGUAGUUGGUUGGGAUAUAGAUACAACAGGUCGCCGUUUAUUGGAUGAAAUUUGCCAUAUUGCAGGUUAUACUCCAAAAUCAACAUUCAGCCAAUUUAUUAUGCCUCAUAAUGACAUAGAUCAAGUUGCUAGAAGACGCCAUUUGUUAUGUACUAUUACUAUGGGUCGUUUUCGAGCUCUUAAAGAUAUCAAAUCAAAUAAGACUUUAAAGUCAAAAAGUGAAAUAUCUGCUUUAGCAGAAUUUUUGGAUUGGUUAGAAGAAGUGUUAAAAGAUAGUGGAAAGAAAAUGGCAAUUUUAGUAUGCCAUGAAGUUGCUAAAUUUAAUGCUAGUCUUUUAAUCAAAUCUUUAAUAACGUACAACUUGAUGGAAAGAUUUUCAAAAUUAGUAAAAGGUUUUGUAAAUUGUCAUUCAUUUGCUCAAACUCACUGUCAAGAUACCAUGGUUAUGUUUUCUCUUAGAGUUUUAUCAAAAGUUCUUUUAGAUAAAGAUCAUAUUGAAACUCAUAAGGCAUCUGAACGUGCAAAGAUUGCUUAUGAAAUUGUUCAUCAUUUGUGUGUUGGAUUAGAAAAUAGUAAUGGUAAUUCAAAAGAUGUAGUUACUGGAGGUGAAGUUUCUGAAGAAACUAAAGCUAAAGCAUUGUCUACAUUCCUAACAGCUAUUGAUUUAGAAGAAAAUCAUUUACACAGUACUCAAGAACUUUUAGCUCGCCAAAAGUCAUUAAACACAGUUUACCAAAGGUCUUUAUCAUAUCAGACUUCUUCAUCUGAUCGUAAAAAAGCUAUUGCUCAUCGUAAUACUAUUGCCAAAGCAAAUAUAGAUUAUAAAUUACUUGAAGCAUUAUGGACUGAAAACAAAGAAGGAUUCAAGGAUGCACUUAAAGAAAAACUUAUAGAUUUAACUGAAGAAGAACAAGAAGAUAUUGCAAUAAGUAUCAUUAAACAUUUUGAAAACCCAGAGCCACUUACACCACCAAAAGUUCGUAGGUUUGGUAAAUAUAGAAGGCAUAGUACUAGUAGUAAGGGAAACAGAAAAAGUUUUUCUGAUAAGGAAAAUGACAAUGGAUCUCGAUCACCUACACCUACUAAAGUAAACAAUGGAAUCAAGAAAGAAUUUGAAGAUCCUCAAAAUGGUAUUACCAAAAAAGAAAAUGUUUGCAAUUAAAUAAUCUUAAGUUUGAUUACCAAUUUUUAUCUAAAUAAGUAUUGUUGAAAAAAUAAAAUUAAAAACCGUUAA